AUGGACAAGGUCAUCAAGAAGGCGCAGUCCUUGACGCUCAAGCACCCGCUCCGCAACUUGAAUGAUCUGUUCUACGACUCCCAGCCGGAGGAACUUCCUUGGAUCCGUACCGAAUGCGUGAUCGACACCGUUCAGGCAGCAGCCUACCUGGGCCAGGCCGUUGUUUUCCUCUACAAGGCCAUCGACUACAAUGGCCUCGAGUGCCCGGACAACUCCCCGGUGGGCUGCGCCGCGAGCGUGGCAGGCUUCAUCACAUCCAUCAGCUGGAUCGCCUCGUACCUGUCCUUCGCAGCCAACGCCUGCGGCCAGGCCGUGAACUCGGGCGCGCUCUGCGCAGGCGACUUCACGGCUCUCAUGGCCAAUUUUGGCGAGAUCGCGACGGUCGGUGCCGCAGUGAAGGCGGACUGCGACUUCGGCAAGAACGCGAUCAGCAUCCUCACGAAUCCGGACCCUGUCUCCCCACCCUGGGCCCAGUUCGUCCCCGGCGGCGCCGGACCCGAGGCCGAGAAGAUCCUUGCGAUCAAGGGCCACCAGGAGGCCAAGCGCAACAGGGACUUCGACAUCACGCAGUGCGUCAUGGACGUGACCAACUCCGCCUCCUACAUCGUGCGAGUCAUCCUUCAAAUUCGGGCGGCUGGCAGCGCCUGCCCAGACCCCAAGGCCUGUGCUGUCGGGAUCAUGAACAUCAUCUCCUCCUUCGCGUGGAUCUCCCAGUUCACAGCCUUGGCCGUGUCGGACUGCCAGGUGGGUGCCGACCAGAAGGCACUCUGCACAGCCGACAUAUCCGAAACUAGGAUGCCAAGCAGCGCCCUCGAUAUGGUUGCGGCUGUGACCAACGGCCCUGCAGCCGGCAUCGCCUCCACGUCCGACUGCGUUGCAGCGUUGGAGACGCGCAGUACAAACCAAGGGGAGGCUGAGGUUUACACAGCUUUGCCUUGCAGCUCGCUGGACAGCCGCGCAGCACCGCCGGAAGCUCUUUGCUGUUCAGUCGCAGGGGUCGCCGUGGGAAGCUUCAGAAGGUCGACAGCCAUGGCCGCCACCGGCAGUGCGCAGAUCUAUGAGGGUCUGAACCACGCAACCGCGAUGCCGGAGCAGCGCAAGGGCCCUCGCUGGCACCUCAUCGGUGCCGGCAUGGCGCUGCUGGCGGUCGCCGGCGUGGCCGCCAAGGCGUACGCGUCCUCCGGGGCCCUGUUCUCCGCCAGCGCCGGGCGCGGAGGCGAGAUUCAGGAUUGGGAGGAGCUCCCAGGGAUGGACAAGGUCAUCAAGAAGGCGCAGUCCUUGACGCUCAAGCACCCGCUCCGCAACUUGAAUGAUCUGUUCUACGACUCCCAGCCGGAGGAACUCCCUUGGAUCCGUACCGAAUGCGUGAUCGACACCGUUCAGGCAGCAGCCUACCUGGGCCAGGCCGUUGUUUUCCUCUACAAGGCCAUCGACUACAAUGGCCUCGAGUGCCCGGACAACUCCCCGGUGGGCUGCGCCGCGAGCGUGGCAGGCUUCAUCACAUCCAUCAGCUGGAUCGCCUCGUACCUGUCCUUCGCAGCCAACGCCUGCGGCCAGGCCGUGAACUCGGGCGCGCUCUGCGCAGGCGACUUCACGGCUCUCAUGGCCAACUUUGGCGAGAUCGCGACGGUCGGUGCCGCAGUGAAGGCGGACUGCGACUUCGGCAAGAACGCGAUCAGCAUCCUCACGAAUCCGGACCCUGUCUCCCCACCCUGGGCCCAGUUCGUCCCCGGCGGCGCCGGACCCGAGGCCGAGAAGAUCCUUGCGAUCAAGGGCCACCAGGAGGCCAAGCGCAACAGGGACUUCGACAUCACGCAGUGCGUCAUGGACGUGACCAACUCCGCCUCCUACAUCGUGCGAGUCAUCCUUCAAAUCCGGGCGGCUGGCAGCGCCUGCCCAGACCCCAAGGCCUGUGCUGUCGGGAUCAUGAACAUCAUCUCCUCCUUCGCGUGGAUCUCCCAGUUCACAGCCUUGGCCGUGUCGGACUGCCAGGUGGGUGCCGACCAGAAGGCACUCUGCACCGCCGACAUAUCCGAUAUGGUUGCGGCUGUGACCAACGGCCCUGCAGCCGGCAUCGCCUCCACGUCCGACUGCGCGGACCUCUAA